CCGAGGGCGCCAUUUCAACAGAACAGGUCGUAUCUGUAGAUCCGAGUGCCUAUUUUCUCGUCCCUGGUCACGAAUCACCGAGAAACUCAUCACUGUCCUCCUGCCAAUCUCGCCGGCCCACCUUCCUACCUCUAUGGUGCCGCCGACUCAAGCCAUACACAGCAACGUCAGCCGAUGGCGAUGUGCGAGGCGGCCGCGGCCUUCAUCUUCCGCCUGCAGCAUCUCUAUCCUUCAGCUCUUGUCAGCGGCUGUCCUCUUGUCCACCAACGGACGGCACCUGGUGGAUGCCGCAGCAGCAGCUGCAUCGCCGUAUGGUUAUCGGGCUUCUGCUUUCGCUCCAGUUGUCCGGCCGCCAUCGCCUCGUCGCGACCAAUCGAUGAUCUGUCUGCAGAGGGCCCGCAGAGCCUUUCGAGAUGAUGCUCUUCAUCGGCGCUCAGUCUGGUCAUUUUGGGGGGAGAGGGAAAGCCAUCUUCAAGCGAGGAGGAGGUCUGUCAACGAUCCCAACGUCAGCAGGAGGGACGCGCCCUUACUGCCUCUCAUCAGUGCUAUUGCGGCGGCAUCCUGGCAGCUAGCUGUGAGCAUAUCGGCGAGUGCGGCGGAGGGUGGCGAGGGAGAGAAGCGGCUGUGGAUCAGCGGCAAGAGCACCGAGCCGAAGAAGGACCCCAAGGCGCGCGAGGGCACGAAGCGCGACCCCAAGUUCCUCAAGUGUCUGAGUCAGUGUUUGAGUGAGUGCAAGAAGCCGGGCAGCUAUGGCUACUCGAAGAGCGAAGAUGAGUGCCUCGAGGACUGCCGCGAUGAGUGCUGCUUCACGUACGAGCAGUGCUCGUACGCAAUACGUUGAUGGAUGGUCAGGCAGGGAUGUCUGUAUGGUGCGUGUGGUGUGGGUGUGGGUAAGGAAGGGUUCGCUCAUGUGUGGAGGCAUUAGAGACGCAGUGGUAUGAUAGGUCAACUGCUGGUGAAUGGACCGAUUCAGAGUUCACCACACGACACAUGGUCCAUGGCCAGUUGCACACACAUAGAUGAG